AUGAUAAAAACAAAAGAAAUAGAUGGAGAAAUAUUUAAUGAUAAGUCAAUAUUAAGAAAUAAAGAAGCUGGUCAUGGAAAUGUGGAUAAGAAAGAAGUGGACAGCAGAGAAGAGAUAAAAGCGUUAUUAGAAGCGAGGUACAAAUUUAGCAACGAUGAGACAUCUACUAGAUAUAGAAUUACUCGUGACGACAGAGAUUCCGCAGGUAUUUCAGAGUCUCAUGACGAAAAACAGUUGGCUUUAGUUUUCCGCUCGUACGCCGCACGUCGCAUCGUCGGCGGUAUGGAGACAAGCAUCAGCAUGUACCCUUACAACGUGGCCAUCUCCAGGAAUGGCAACCACUGGUGCGGCGGCUCCGUCAUCGAUGAACAGUGGAUCUUCACCGCGGGACAUUGUCUUGAAUCAGCACAUGACGGAGAUCAAAAGAAAUUAAUAAAUUAUAUCGUUAGAGCGGGCAGUUCGUUCCACAACCGCGGCGGCUACCAGGCGAGGAUAAAUAAGGCGUUCUUCCCAUCCAACUACGUGCCGGGCAAUGCUGACUUCGACUUUUCUCUAGCGCGUUUGGACCGACCGAUGCCUAUCGGGAGGAAUAUCGCGGUCCUCAAUCUUCCCUCCAGAGACUACCAGAUCAAAACUGAUGACAUCCUUAUUGUUACCGGCUGGGGAAGUACUGAUCAAUCAGGUUAUGGCAACAUCCCAGAUAGGCUUCGGUUCGUCCCUGUGCCGGUGAUGGCUGCUGACGAGUGCCAGCAUGCCUACCGGUUCUAUAUCACACCACGGAUGGUCUGCGCAGGGUACGCCACUGGGGGCAAGGAUGCUUGUAAUCACGAUUCCGGUGGCCCAGCAGUACGUGACGGUAUAUUACUAGGCAUUGUCUCCUUCGGUGGUAGGAAAUGCGGUGACCCUCAAUCUCCGGGCGUGUACAGUCGCGUCUCCGAGAUAACAUCAUGGGUGGAGUCAACAAUCACCGCGAACGAAGCUAGCACCGUGCCCGAACUCGUGCCAAAGAUAUUGAAAGCAAGGCAGCGGGAGAAAGAACUACAGAAGUUCAAAGCUCAAGUUGAAGACAAAAAGAAUAAAAUUAAGAACUGGUUACGCGAGACUCUCAGCUCUCCCACUUUUCUGGAGUUAGCUAAGAGAAAGCUAAAAGAAGCUGGUUUCAAUCUUAGAAGACGGUACAGAAGAAAUUAUAACGAUGACAUAAAUGACGAUAGUUUUUUGGAUGACAGUUUAAUGGACGAUAUUAACUUAACCAAUCAAAUCAACGAAAGAAUACUAGGAGAUGGUGAGGAAAAUGAGGCAGAAGCAUUGCUUAGAAUGAUGGCUCUGCAAGAAAUUAUGGAUGAAAACAAAGACAAUGAUUUUGGGUAUAGAAAUUCAACCAGGAAAACUCGUGCGAGGGAUCUUGUAGCAUAUGUCACUUGAAUAUGUUUCAAAUGUAAUAAAACGUAUAGUUACUUAAAAGAUUAAAUUAGUUU